ACUGAAGCGCUGGAAAUGCUCUCUCUCCGGGUUUGUCUCUGCACCGUCCUGUUGUCCAUCUCAGUCCGGGGAUACAACUAUUCGAUAUAUGGUUGGUCAAUGUCCGGCGCUGAUGUGGUCUCUGCGGUGAAAGGGACCUCCGCUGUGUUACCGUGUACUUUCACCCUCCCACCUCCUGGUGUCGCCCUGAACGGCUCCGUGAUCUGGUACAGGGGGAAACAAAGUGCAGGUAAUCUGGUGUUUAACUGCACACAUCCCGGUUCCGGCCCCUCCGGGUGCGAUACAACGACACAGGAGGCUGGAGGAGGGCGGUUCGGAUUCGUGGGGAACCUCAGUCGGAGAGAUGCCUCGAUAAUGGUGGAGCGUCUGAACUGGAGUGACGGUGGUUGGUAUCGGUGCCGGGUGGAGCUCAAUGUUGGCAAAUUUCAAACGGUGGUUCUAACAAAUCUGUCUGUGGGAGCUCCCGGCGAGAGUGUUCCAGUGCUGAACGGGACUGAAGGAGCUUCGGCCACGUUACCCUGUGUGUUCACACGGCCUCAGCAGAGAUUCACCGCACACACGGUGACGUGGAUGAGGAAGGAUCCCUAUCGACACAUCGUCACCUUCAGGCGUAUUCGAAAUGGAUCGUGGGCAGCAGAAAACGGAGUGACUCGGUACGAGCUCGUCGGGGACCCAGAGCAUGGAAACGCCUCGACCAGUAUAAAGCAGCUGAGAGUGGAGGACAGUCACAGCUACCUGUGUCUGGCUGAGUUCAGGAAAAGCCAGCAUUAUUAUUAUUAUUAUUGGCCCACCAGAGACCACGUCAAACCCCCAUAUAUCCAUGUGUUCCAGAGUGAGAUCCGGCUGCAGGUCAGAUCAGCCAACUCAAACCCUCUCAUUUACGUGCUGGUCGUUCUGGUUCUCCUGCUCCUAGUCUGUGUCCUCCUGGCAGUCUCCUGGAAGAAGAAAGUUCACAUCUGGCUGAUGGGUUUCAUCAGAGGUACGAAAAGGAAUGUUUCACGAUCGGAGCAGGAACAGAAGCCGCCUCAGUCAGUGCAAGACAGCAGCCUGUUGUACGACAACAUUGCCCCGAGCAGCAACAACAAAGAGCAGUCAGAUUCCUUCACUUAUGCCAGCAUUUUGACAGGACUUGGGAAGGCAAGAAAACCUCAAGCUGAAGAUCAAGAGCAGCCAGAUUCCUGCACUUAUGCCACUAUUUUGAUUAGAGGUGAGAAGGCAAGCAAACCACAAGCUGAAGAUCAAGGUGGGCAGAAGCAGGAAGCUGGACCUCCAGAUGUGAUCUAUGCGGAGGUGGUGAAGAAAUAGUAAUCGGCAAAGACGACUGAACCCGGGGGAGGAGGCUGCACCAUUUCCAUCCUCAGUCCAGGAGAGACAGCACUCACUACUGACUCCUCCUGGCAUGUCUUUGCUUCUGAAAUACAGUGUAUUCUAGUUAAUUGGGGCAGCCACCUAUUGGGAUGACUCUUAAAAAACAAAAACUGUUUGAGAAAAUAGACACGAUUCCCUUCAGUUCAUUGAGACACUCUGCUGCUUAAUUGUGAUAGGAGCUUGGAAAUGGACAAUUUUAAUCUUGGCACUGAGUAAUGGAACUAAUCAUGAGUUUGUCUUCCACCAUCAGGCCUUGAAACUGCCAUCUCCAGUGAUGGCAUUCUCCACUCUCAUCUUCGCUAGACCUCCCAGGAGAUCACAAAAGUGCCAGAUCAUUUAGUUGUCUCAAAGGUACAUCCUCAAAGGAAAACUGAAGUUUGCAGUGAAUUGCUGUUCAGACAUUUGUCUAGAAGAGUAUCCAAGUGCUUAAAGGUUAAUUUCAUAUCAGAAUGUAUACUGUAUACAACCUGAAAAUCUUACUCUUCACAGACAUCCACAAAAGAAGAAACCCCUUAGAAUGAAUGAGAGAAACAUCGAAGCCCUGAAUCCGCGCCGCCAAUCUACCCACACAAGCAGCAGCAAAACCGUUAACCACCCCCCCACCGCCCACCCCCCACCAUGCAAGCAACAGCAGAAACCCCUCAAAGAGACCUUGAUCCAGAGUCCAUCAAAUCUGCAGUCCAUAAUCCAGCACAUUGGUGUCUCAGACAGGCUCAGAGAGGGAGAGAGAUCACACCUGCAACAACGGGAGUGGAGAGCAAAGCUCACCGUUCUGAUUCUACAACCUUCCACAUCGCUUCUCCAAGAACCACCCACCCAUCUCAAGGAACUGACAGGUUUUCAUCCUCAUUGAAGAGAGAGAGAGAGAGAGAGAGAGAGAGAGAGAGAGAGAGAGAGAGAGAGAGAGAGAGAGCUGUCUACGUGUCACACUGGUCACUCAUCCCCUUUUGCCAUUGAAGAAGAUAGUUUUAAUUACAGUCAAUCAGAACGAAACAGCAGCUUACAUUGGAUGAAUUCCUCCGUCAAUAAUUAUCAGACUAAUAUAGUCUGAUGGUAUUGUAGUACUAUUGAUGGUGUUCUAAUUUGUUCUGUAUUUCAUUUAAAUACAUAAUUUCUUUCUCA